UCUUACUCUGUCGCCCAGAUUGGAGUGCAGUGGCAUGCUCCCGGCCACUGCAGCCUUGACCUGCUGGCCUCCAGCGAUCCUUCUGCCUCAGUCUUCCAAGUAGCUGAAACUACAGCUAGUGACAACUAAAUUGCUCAAGGCAGGAAGAAUUCUGAGCUAAGCAGUUGCUACUUCUGAAUCUGGAGAGAAGAGGUUACCUUGGAACCAGUAAUGAGUCAUCCUGACUACAGAAUGAAUCUCUGGCCCUUGGGGACCCCCAAAGGUGUGUCUUCUGUGGUUGGCCCACAUGGUGUUGGUGCUUCGCCAGGUGACAAAAAGUCAAAGAACAAGUCCAUGCGAGGAAAGAAAAAAAGCAUAUUUGAAACCUACAUGUCUAAGGAGGAUGUUUCAGAAGGCUUGAAGAGUGGAACACUCAUACAGGGUGUAUUGAGAAUUAAUCCAAAGAAGUUUCAUGAAGCCUUCAUCCCUUCCCCGGAUGGUGAUCGAGACAUUUUUAUUGAUGGAGUUGUUGCUCGCAAUAGAGCCUUAAAUGGGGAUCUGGUGGUUGUGAAACUGCUUCCUGAGGAGCAGUGGAAGGUGAGUUAA